AUGUCUCCAGCACAGCUGCAGUAUCAGUCCGUUUGGUGGUACGGAUCCAACUGGUUAUCGCUGGACGAAGAUCAUUGGCCACAAUCUCAGCAAAAUUCCGAAGAAUUUGAUCCGUCUACCCUAGAGGAGAAAGGUGUCGUUGCUGCGGUAGCUCAAGGCACCGAACCGUGGUAUAUUUUCUACCUGUUCUCAUCAUUCUCUGCGUUAGUUAAGGCGACAGCAGCCGCUCUUCGUUUUGGCUUCAAUUCCCAACCAACAAACAAUAGCGUGCGGAAGGUUGGACCUAUAACUGUUAAGGAGUUCGACGAUGCACUCCGCGUAUUGGUGAGAAUGGCACAGAAAGAAUCCUUCCAAGAAUACAUUGACCUCACCAACGGUCGUCAGGUUCGAGAGUCGUCCAGAAUAGCAUCUCUGAAUCCUCAACUUGUAGAUGGAAUACUCUGCGUUGGCGGCCGGCUACAAAACGCAACCAUAUCGUCCAGUCGAAAGCAUCCUUACAUUUUCGAUCAUCGUCACCGUAUCACGAAGCUCGUAGUCACCGAGUAUCAUCACAAGCUGUUUCACGCAGGCCAGCAGGUCCUAAUCUCAUCCGUUCGAGAAAAGUAUUGGCCUACCAGCGUUCACACCCUAGCUAGAAAGGUAAUCCACGACUGCGUACGCUGUUUCCGUGCAAGGCCGAAGAUCCAAGAACAGUUAAUGGCUGAUCUUCCCUCGGAAAGGGUCACAAAGUGUAUACCAUUCCAACGUGUUGGAAUCGAUUAUUGCGGGCCGUUCCAGGUCACGUAUCCACAGCGUCAAUUCCGUCCAGUGAAAUGCUUCGUCACUAUCUACGUUUGUCUGGUCACGAAAGCAGUCUACAUAGAUCUAGCAGCUGACAUCACCACCCGUGCGUUUCUUGAUUCUCUUACACGCUUCACUUCUCGUCACGGCAAACCCAGUAUCAUCAUGUGUGACAACGCUAAAAACUUCGUUGGAGCGAAGCGGCAACUCAACGAUAUGCUCAGAUUGUUCCACAACCAGAACUUCCAGAACAGCGUCAUCAAGCAAGCAGCAGAUGACAAGAUUGACUUUUGUUUCAUACCCGCACGCUCGCCGAACUUCGGGGGUCUGUGGAAAAGCGCGGUGAAGUCCUUCAAGACACUCCUCAAGAGGACCAUCGGCUUACGCAGUCUUGUUUACGACGAAUUUCAUACAAUUGUGGCGCAAAUCGAAGCAAUCCUAAAUUCGCGUCCACUGACACCGCUCAGUAAUGAUUCGGACGACUUUGAGGCGCUGACACCAGGGCAUUUUGUAGCACAGCGUCCUCUCGUCGCAAUUCCGGAGCCCGAUCUUCACGACGUGCCAGAAAACAGAUUAUCAGCAUGGCAAAGAAUGCAGAAGGAUGUACAGUUAAUGUGGAAAAAGUGGUCGACACAAUACCUCUCCGAUCUGCACAACCGAACCAAGUGGACCAGGAAGCGGGAUAAUGUUAAGAUUGGAACGAUGGUGCUUCUGAAAGAGGAAAAUCUUCCGCCACUCAAGUGGCUCCUGGGUCGUAUUACUGAUAUUCACCCUGGAAGUGACGGCAACGUACGUGUAGUGACCGUGCGAACCAAAGAUGGCAGCUACAGACGAGCAAUCAGUAAAAUCUGUGUACUACCCAUCUCCGACAACUUCUAA